GAGAGGGAACAAUAUUAGUUCCCUCCAAAACAUUUGAUGUUGUGUUCUCUUCUCUUCUCCCUCGAAAAUCAAAAGCUAAAACCCUAACCAGUGCAGUGCAGAAGCGAUACGAAUUACGAUGUCAAACCACGAAGACGACUUGGAUCUCCUCCUUUCUCUUGAUGAUCAGGAUCAGGAGAGGGUUCUCGAAACCCCUCCUGGUUCUCCCUCCCCAGGUUACUUGACCGAUUCCGAUUCCGAUGGCGCCCCCAACCAAAGGGACAAGAACCCCGACAUGUCCGUUUUCAGAAAUGCUGUUCAGGAUUGCCUUCUCUCUCAUUCCCCUGAGCCAAAACCUAAACCUAAAUCCAAACUUCCUGCUACUCAUGCUAAAGAUUCCGAUGUCGAGAAAUUUUCAGGUCUUCGAAUAAGGGACCAAUUGUUAACCCCUGCUGAGCUCAGGGACUCCUUUUCAGACAUUCGUUUCGUUCGGUUACCAGUUAUCAAGAAUUUGUUUAUUGGGGAUUCUUUUUCUGGAAGUUGGGCGACGGUUGGAGUGUUAACCGAGAAGGGGAUUCAGAGGACAAGUUCCUCAGGGAAGGGCUAUUGUAUAUGGAAAAUUGGCUGUUUGGAUGAGAAUACUGUUUCUCUUUUCUUGUUUGGUGAUGCUUAUCUGAGGAACAAGAACGAGCAGGCAGGAGCGGUUUUCGCGCUGUUUGAUUGUUCCGUCCGCAAGGAUGCCAAGGGUAAUGGUUUUUCAUUGAGUAUAUACUCCCCUAGUCAAAUUAAGAAGAUGGGAACCUCUGUUGAUUAUGGAGUUUGCAAAGGAGGAAGAGCAGAUGGGAUGGCUUGUACAAUGGUCAUAAAUAAGCGUCAUGGGGCAUAUUGUAAAUUUCAUAAAUCAAAAACAUCAGAGAAAUAUUCUACAACGAGAACUGAACUUAAGGGAGGAAACUUAAGGACAGCAUUUAGGCCUAGGGAUCAGUAUCUCAGGUCAGAAGGAAUUUUCGUAGUUGACCCGCUUGCUGACAAAACAAACUUGAAAAAGUCUCAGCCUGUGAAAUUGAUGUCUGUGGAUGGUCUCAGAAAGGCAUUGAGUAAUGCAGGAAAAGUAACAACAACUAUACGCUCGCAAGGGAUCAGAUUUCUUUCUGAGGUUGCAGGUAACUCUGAUCCAAAAAUUACAAACAAAGGACCAAAGACUCCAAAAGAACGAAGAACUUCCGCUGAGAAGAGGAAAUCAUCUUUUAUGAAUGUGGGAUCCUCUGUCAUAAGAAACCAACAGUUUGAUGUAAAAAGGAAAAAAACAGAUGGGCAAGAUUUGGUCGAUAAAACCACAAAGAGUUCGGGAAAGAUGAUUGAAUUAGAUUUUGUUAGUUCAGAUGAGGACUUCUGAAAUAUCUGCAUCGUUCUGCCUGGUUCGUUGGUGUGUACUAAUUUUGGUAAAAAAUGUGUUGUGAGAGCAUAGAGUGAAGGCUUCUGCAAGGUGGUUGUAAAAUGGUGUGCGCCGUAGUCGUUAGAAUCACAGGAUUCACAAUCUGAAUUGCAAGGUUCAGCAUGAUUUAGCAAGCCAGUGAUUCAUAUUUAUAUGAUGAAUCACAAAUCAUUUUGUAUUGUGCAAUAUGUGCUUAAAUUAUUGCUAUUCGUGUACUAAUAUGAAAAACCGCACCCUUCAACAAUUUGUAACAUUUUCCUUUUCUUUCACUAAUUCUCAUAAAAGAAAUUGAAAAUUCUGAUACUCAUUGUUCAAUAGAAAACUAAAGGAGGGCACUUUGUUUAAUUGCGUCAUUG